AUGGAUGGACGGCCAGGAUCCGCUCCUCGCGACUGGGGGGCGCUGUUUGACGGGGGAGGGGGCGGGGAUGCGGGAAGUGGGGGAGGGGGUGGCGGAAGGGGAGGCGGAGGAGAAGGGGGGAGCGGAGGGAUGGGGGGAGGCAACCAAGGAGAAGCCAUUCAUUCGAAAUUUGAGAUGUCCCAGCAAGAGGUGGACGAUGGUGAUGGCGAUGAUGGGAAUCAGUCAGGAGAAACCGAACCUGGGGGAGCAGGGAUGAUGAUGAACACUGGCGAAGUUGCUUCUGAGAAAUCUCUAGUUGAACGGGGCGAGGUUGCAGCACCAGUGUACAUUAUAAUCCCCGCUCUGAACGAGGCCUCAGCGCUGCCAAUCACGCUGCGCCACCUGUCAAAGCUCUCCCCACGGCCGGCUGGCAUCAUCGUUUCCGACGGCGGCAGCACAGAUGGCACGCCGCGAUUGGCUGAAUCUUUGGGCGCGAUGGUGGUGGGCAGUAAGAGGGGAAGGUCGGUUCAGAUGAACACAGGCGCUUGGAAGGCAAUGCAGCUGAUGCAGCAGGUGGAUGAGAGAGAGGAAAUUCCUAAGCAGAUGCAGCAGAAGCAGCAGGUGCAGGCGAUGCAGGAGCAAAGGGGGGAAGGAUCGGAGGGUGAUGUGAGACACUGUGUGAAAGACCAGAGUGCAAACCUCAUGAAUGGGAACAGCGCGAGCAGCAGCAUUCUUUGCUUUGUUCACGCGGACACUCUCGUGCCGCUGGAUCUCGUCACACUUGCCAGGAGGACACUGCAAGACCAGUCAGUGUGCUGUGGGGGGUUUGUGCCCGUGGUGGCUGUGCCAGGGCGGGUCUUCUGGGGCAUGUGUCUCCGGAAUGUGGCCAAGACCUGGUACGUGCCGCUGCUUGCCCCUCCACGAAAUCGAUUCUGUUGGCGGAUCGGCGCUCUGGCUACUUCGACCGUCGUGGCGGAAGCGUCGUUGCCUUCAUCGUCCGAGGACUCGUCGUCUGCGGAGUCGAUGGUGCCACAAGGUGCCGCGAAAAUGAACUCCUUCGAGAUCGAGGACAGUCCCUACAACAACGACAAGCGGCGGCGAUCCAACAGCCUCUUUGUGCGAGCGGGUGUGUACCUGCAGCAGUCGCCAGCGCUUCAGUUCACCGCUUUUCUCUGCACGCUCGUUUUCCUCUGGGGCAUCACCUUCGCACUCUCCCCCAACCGCCUGCCGUAG